AUGAGUGGUCUUGUCGAGCCGUCCAUCAGUGUUCGCUUCGCUGGCGAUGGCGAGGCAGAUGAGCCGGUGGUCGUCAAGGAGAGCGUGGCACAUUCCUUCACGUACUUCCUCCAGGUGGGCAAUUUUUUUAUAUUCAAGUCAGACACACAGCACCAGACGCAGCAGAUGAGAGAUGCACAUCGGCCCGCUUCGUCUGUGUGUUCGUCACACAACAUAGGUUCUUGAUGGCGGCUUUCAGGAGGGCCAGCAGCGUGAGGUGCGCAUCGAGCGGAUCAGUCGGGCCGUCGGUGUGGUGGUGCUGCAGCACGAGCUGGACAUCAUCAAGUCGCUGACCAAGGACAACCUGCUGGACGCGAUGAUUGCACUCGACUAUCUGCAGUUCGACACCGACAAGGUCUUCACACCGGGCAGCAGCGCGAGUCUUCUCUGGCGCAUCCAUCGCAACGUGCGCUAUAGGACGGCAGACAGGCACGUGAGCUGCGAGUUGAUGUGUCCUUGGUCUGUCUGUUACAGGUAGUGGUGGAGGGGUGGCUGCGUGAUUCUCAGCUCGCCACCACUCUGCUGGACAGCUUCAGUCACUACGCCUUCAUCGCCCGCUUCAUCCACCAGCACCCCGACAUUCGCACGGCCCUGCUGCCGGCGCUGUGCAAGAAGCCCGACGUCAUCAGUGCUCAGUGGCGUCGGUGUGAGAGAGGGGAGGACGAGACGAACGACUCCAUCGAGGCGGCCAUCAGCCUGGUGGACAGCCUGGUGGAUGGGCUAUCCCAUGGUCGCAUCGAUAUUGGCAACCAGGAGGUCGCCCAGUUCAUCACAAAGGCGACUGGCUCCGAAUCACUGGCUGCUGCAUAUGGUACGAGGGGAGGCAGCGGGCUGCAAUGCCUACUUGGAUCAUUGCCCUGCUGUGUUGUGUCUGGAUGCAGCGGCUGCCUUCGAGGCUGACGUGUUCGCCGACCGCGCAGUGAUGACCACACAGCCCUUCGCUAACAACCAGCAGGGAUCCGUGACGUGCCUCGGGUUCUCGGUCACAGUCGCGGGCCUUCCCCAUCCCUACACCCCUCCCAAUUCCGGUCCCACAUCCAGCAGUGACCCGCCCCCCAACGCCAUACGCGACGGCGAUGCGAAGGUUGCUGAUAUCGGCGGCUGGCGCGUGGUUUUCGAGAGGGCUGAUGAUGGCACACCAGUGGAGUCGCCCCCAACGUGCUUCGCCUCUGACGCCUCCCUGGAGAUUGCCAGUGGUGGUGACAGCGAUGGCACAGUCCGGCUGCACGGGGACCCCGAGAUGAUAGGGAGGAUCCACAUGGGGGACGACGGCCCGUCUGUGCGUCGCUUCGCUCUACAGAUACUGAGAGGCGGGAUUGGGACCUGCCUCAACCGACGCAACAUCUCGGCUGAGUCGCUCGCCCAGCAAGGGGCGGGAGAGGCGCGGCUCAAGGACGUCAAGAUGACCAUGACGGUGCGACAUUUCCCGAUGCGUGCUCUCGCCCUUCACUACCUCCGGCUGUGUGUCAAGGAGGGGCGAUGGGAUGACGUCAAACACAUGGCCAGGUGAACAACGAGGGAGCACAAACGCAUUAAUGCACAGACACAUUGGUGGUGCAUUGCUCGAUUGUUUGUCUGCCUGUGCAGGUCGAUUCGUCGUGAGGUCGCUCUUUACAUGCUGACGUGCCUGGCUCAAGUGCGCCACCAUCGCCUCCGACUCAUGCUGUGCUGGGCGGCAGCGGUCGGCGAUCUGCCUGAGAAGCACAGCGAACGCAUCGUAUCGAAGCUGACGACCGAUCUCAUUGAGGAAAAUCCUGCUGAUGUGGCCGCCGUCCUUCCCAUCAUACCCGGCCUCCCAGCACCAGUGCAGACGGCCUUCGAGGAUGCUCUCAAGGGAGCUGUUGACGCACAAGAUGACGAAUGUUUCCACCAGCUGUACGAUGCUUUUGUCGAGGUCAGCCGAUGCCAUUCAGUUGUCUGGCUGUCCCUCUGUGUCCUCUCACCCACUAUUGCUCUGUGUGCUUGGAUGUGUAUCUGGCACACAGGAGGCGGCCGAGCGGCAGCGUUUCGAGGUCGAGAAGGAACAGCUGCGUCAGGAGAGAGAUCAGGUGCGUCAAGUACCAGCCACACCUGUUCCUUUCUCUGCGCCACGGUCUGUUUGUGUGUACUUGUUUUGGCUAUGCAGGAGAAGGCCGCUCGGCAGCGUUUGGAGGCCGAGGUCGAGCGCCUGCGGCAGGAGAAUGAUCAGGUACCCCCACAAAAGCCGAUUGCUUGCCCGAGUGAAGCAACACAGUGGCUUCUUUUGUAUCACUCAGCUACGUCGCGGAACGAAGCGGCCACGAGAGGAAAUGGAGGGCCACCACCACCAGCACCAGAGGCAGCAGCAGCAGCAAGAGGGCGAGGCUGACCACGAGAUGAAGUCGUGAUGGGUGGGUGACAUGCAGCCGGUGACCCAGUGGCGGCGGUGGCUGUGCUGCAUAUAGACAUACUUAUGAAUGAGAGCCUCAUGUGUGUGGUCCGUGCCGUGAUGGAUUCGAUUUCGUCUUGUGUGCUCUAUUGACUUGGGUGCUGCAUUAUCACGGUCACCGGGAGGAGGGGCAUUGAUG